AUUAGACAUUAUAGUAGAAACAUGCGCGUACAAAUUAAGGCUUUCUACGGUUCUGCAUAUUAUAUCGGUCACAGAAAGUAAUAUAGGAUAACAGACAGUCGGUGGAGAGAGCUUAGUCAUCAACUUGCCUGGUAACGGCAUAACAAGUAUUAUCAAUAAUUUUGCUAUGGCGACUGUUUAGUCGCAAACACGUUAAAUAUGCGUUUCAAGUUCAAAACCGAAUUUACAUACUUCAUUUUCUAAACACUAUCAUAAGGUUCUAACCUAUAGCGUUGGCAAAUCAUGCAAGACGAAGACUUUGAGGAGUCGAUGCGCAAAGUGAACCUCAUCGGCGGCAUAAUUAAAGACUUGGGAUCCAAGGACGAGAGCAAGGCUCGUUUGGGUCUGCGACGUGCAGAAGAGUUGUUGGGCGACGGCGACAAAACGUGGGACGAAGCUUCUUUGAAAACAAUUCAGAACGGCACUCAAAUCAACCGAAAGGCGUUCGAGGACUUGGACAAGCCCAAAGAUCAAGUCCCGUCAGAUGCAGCCGGUUUUAUGGCUUACGUGGAAAGAGAUGCGAAACAGAGAGCCGAAGCCAAGAAAAAAGAAAUCAAACAGUCAGAUUAUUUGAAGUCUAUGGGAAACAACGAGUAUAGAAAACAGAAUUACGAAAAGGCUUUGAUUUAUUACAAUCAAGCUAUCGACGUGCGCAAAGACAGUUGUUUGUUGUACAACAACCGGGCUUUGACGAAAAUCAAUUUGGGCCUGAUGGACGAGGCGAUUGACGACUGCGACAAGGCUUUACGCAUUAACGAACGGUCGCUGAACGCCAUGCUGUACAAAGCGGAUGCCUUAUGGGGGUUAGGAGACUCGGAUGCUGUCAAACAGUUGUUGGAUGAAGCUCUUGCCGGCCAUCCGGACAAACAGCAACGGAUACUAGAUUUCCAGAAAAAAUUCAGUUACCGUUAGAGAGACAAUUUUCACCAAACUACUAUACUCUGCCGGGAUGUUAUCGACGGAAUUAAUAUUUAAAAUAUUAUAUAAUUACAACUUUUUCGUUCUCACGCGGUUAAAUAAAACGCUACCGAUCGUUAGGUGGUUAUGAAGAAAAAAAACGUAGGUACAGAUUCGGUUCGCAAAACCUCUUUUUUUUUUUUUGUGAAACUAUUGUGUUUUGGUACGCGAUCAUACCUACGAUACGAUUUGUAUCUACUGGUGUUAUCCCGAGUGUGUAAUAACGUAGGUGUACAAUAAAACUGAAAA